AUGUCCACCCCUCCGUUGGCGGCAUCGGGCAUGGCGCCCGGGCCUUUCGCCGGGCCCCAGGCCCAGCAGGCGGCCCGAGAGGUCAACACUGCAUCGCUCUGCCGAAUCGGGCAGGAGACGGUCCAAGACAUCGUGUACCGCACCAUGGAGAUCUUCCAGCUCCUGAGGAAUAUGCAGCUGCCAAAUGGUGUCACUUACCAUACUGGAACAUACCAAGACCGGUUAGCAAAACUACAGGAUCAUCUUCGCCAACUUUCUAUUCUCUUCAGGAAGCUGAGAUUGGUCUAUGAUAAAUGCAAUGAAAACUGCGGAGGGAUGGAUCCCAUUCCAGUGGAGCAACUUAUUCCAUAUGUGGAAGAAGAUGGCUCAAAGAAUGAUGACCGGGCCGGCCCACCUCGUUUUGCUAGUGAAGAGAGGAGAGAAAUUGCUGAAGUCAAUAAAAAACUCAAACAGAAGAAUCAACAGCUGAAGCAAAUUAUGGAUCAAUUACGAAAUCUCAUCUGGGAUAUAAAUGCCAUGUUAGCAAUGAGGAACUAA